AUGCCGGCCGUCGAUGAGUCAACUUCCGAACGGAAGCAUACGAGCAGCUCUUACAGAGAUGAACUGGCUCAUUACAAAGCCCAGUAUGAGAUACUUGAGGCGGAGCUUGCGGACUUUCAGUCCUCCAGCCGGGAGCUGGAGACUGAGAUGGAGAAGGACAUUGAAGCUUCGGAGAAGCGGGAGCGGCAGCUGAAGGAAAAGCUCGACACGAUGCGAUAUGAAGUCGACGAGUGGAAGAGCAAAUACAAGCAGUCGAAAACCGAAGGCAACUCUGUGCAGAACAACUUGCAGAAAGAAAUCACAACACUGCGAGAAGCGAACCGCACUUUGCAGCUCAAGCUUCGAGAUAUUGAAGUUGCCAACGAUGACUACGAGCGCCAAGCGCGGAACACCACCUCGUCCCUGGAGGACAUGGAGUCCAAAUACAACAUCGGCAUCGAGCGCGGGGUUUUGCUAGAGGAGGAAAUAAGAAACGGGGAGCAGGAACGGGAGCAGCUGCGCAUUGAUAACCAACGCCUCCGGGACGAGCUGUCGGAUCUGAAGAUUGAGACCGAGAUCAUCCAAGAGAAGCUUCGAAAUACUGAAGGACAUGGGAUGCGCCGCCGCAAGCCUACUCCUCUGUACCAUCGCAGUCCGGCAACUCCACAGAGUUUGGAGAUCUUUGACCGUUCGCCUGGCACCGCUACAUCUUCCCCAGUAUUUGCCACACCCCCCGCUAAAUCAUCCCUUGCGUCGUCUACCGCUACCCCACCUUCGCCCCCUAUCUCCGAGUCGUCUGUGAACAUGCGCAAGUCGAUCAACGCCCACGCAAACUCCACCCCUACAUUCCCUCGACAGAGAGCCGCUGGCGCAGAUCCAGUGAACUCUAGAACCCUUCACGCUCGGACUCAACCGCGCACCACUCAUUCAAGAACCCCAUCUCUCGCUUACAGCAAUGGCGCAUAUAGCACCAGCAAUGGUAAUGGCAGUGGCAAUGGUCGGUCAACUCCCUCCAUGUCGAUCUCAUCUCGCAAUAGUUUGACGAGAAUGAACACCUCGCGGCCACCGGGGCUUCCCAAGUCUGGCUCACUGUUCCAGAUCCGCGGCCUGAUUGGUAAGAUGCAGAAGCUCGAAGAGCGCGUCCAAUCAGCCAAAUCGCGACUUCCCGCCCCGUCUGACACCUCCUCUCGCGGAUCCCCUCGCUCUGGGUCUGUGAUCAGCGACACCCCAAUCGUCCCCUCGUCGAUGACUGUUCGCAGGGAUUCUCGCAAGCGGCAGAGCAAUAGUAGCCUUGGUUCCUCGGCGCGGGAUAGUGAAAGUACUCCGUCUUACCCCCCACAGGGUCGCCAGUCAUUUGGACGGACAGGCGAGAGUCGUCCGAGCAGCCGAACUAGUUUCUCUAGCCGCAGCUCCUUCAGCCAAAGCGUGCACUCGGGUGUCCCGGCAAAUGCCCGUCCCGAAAGUCGUUCCAGUCGUCCCGGGGCGAAAACGCCACUGGGUCACUACUCGACAAACCCUAUGACAGAGGGCCGGCGACCUCGGUCAUCUCUCAGCAAUCAUGCCGGCCAACUCCCUAACAUCGCCGGCAUGUCACUCAUCGACGAGGACCAAGACAUUGCAACGCCAACAACCUCCCGCAUCUCUCAGGAGAUCCAACGUCCAUCCGUGACUACUACCCCCACGCCCAUAGUCAAGAAGCGAACCAUCAGCGGCAUCCCGGCUCCCCGAGGCUUCAAGACCAGCAUCGGACCUGGUACCAUGCCGCCGCCGCCAAACAGGAAGACCCAAGUCAGCGACCUGGGAGAGACCUUUUAA